AGCGCUCAGGGCAGUGGCUGCUUUAUGCUACAUAUAAGUAUAGUGCAGGACUCAUCUACUCUUUCCAUUAACCCUCUGCCUUCAUGACAGACUCCAAGAUUUCAAAGCAGCACAAGAGGCUCUCCACAACAACGCUCCACUGCUGGCAUCAUUUCCACGGUGACACCCUCUCAGUGGGAGAAUCUCCUAGGUGACGCCCUCUAUUGACACGCCUAGAGGUGGCUGCUGGUGCCUUUUUGUACAGUAGGCAGGUGCAUCCUGUGCAGAGGCAGACGGAGUAGCCUGACACAGGUCACAGUUUUUGUUUUCUUGUUUUGCUCUCUUGUGGGAACACCUUCGCAGCUCCAUAUCUGCUCUGGAAAGACAGAGUAAACAGAAGAGACACUGGAAUUUCAAGAUAAGAUACAAUAGAUAAGAGAGUUGUUUUGCAUAUCCUUAAUUUCAACCAAACUUUGGUUAUGAAGUUUGCAUGAAUUCUGUUUUUUCGCACAAAUGUAACCUUCAGCUGCUGGAUAUUUUUCCACUGACUGAUCAGUUUAAAAAGCAAGCAAGCUGCACAGCAAGGUUGAAGGGCCACUGGACUCAGAGACUGCUGACCUUGGACGCACGAUGGAGGGGUAUGGUUUUGAGCACUUUGCUGCAGAUGGUGCAAGGGAGAGCCAGCAGGUGGAUUAUCGGAGAAUCGUAGGAGACCUUCAGCUCCCAAUUACCGACGUCUCAUCCAGGGAAGGUGAACAUUAUGUCCGGCAAACCUCGCACGGCCAUGGACAUGAAACUGCAGCCCAGCGGUACAGCGCCACACGCAUCCAGGCUGGUCUAGGCCCAGAGAGCAUGGCGGAUUACUUAAUCAGCGGUGGCACGGGCUACGUCCCUGAAGAUGGACUCUCAGCUCAGCAGCUCUUCUCCAUUGGAGAUGGCCUCACAUACAACAGAUCUGACCAACAGUGCGUUGUCUCCGACGGUCAUACGGCUGAAGAGCUAUGCUCUAAAGGAGAUGGGUUGACUUACAAUGAUUUCCUGAUACUACCCGGCUUCAUCGACUUUAUCUCGGACGAAGUGGACCUGACAUCAGCGCUGACCAGGAAGAUCACCUUGAAGACUCCUCUCAUCUCCUCCCCCAUGGACACCGUCACAGAGUCGGCUAUGGCUAUCGCUAUGGCGCUAAUGGGAGGCAUCGGCAUCAUUCACCACAACUGCACACCAGAAUUCCAAGCCAACGAGGUCCGCAAGGUUAAGAGGUUUGAGCAGGGUUUUAUCACGGACCCAGUUGUGAUGAGUCCGCGCCACACAGUCGGGGAUGUGUUUGAGGCCAAAGUAAGACACGGCUUCUCUGGUAUUCCUGUCACGGAGACAGGCAAGAUGGGCAGCAAGCUGGUGGGUAUCGUCACCUCCCGAGAUAUCGACUUCCUUUCUGAGAAAGACCACGUCAAACCUCUGGAGGAGGCCAUGACUAAGAGGGAUGAGUUGGUCGUGGCUCCAGCCGGUGUUACACUUAAAGAAGCCAAUGAUAUUCUGCAGCGCAGUAAAAAAGGCAAGCUCCCCAUUGUAAAUAAUAACGACGAGUUGGUGGCCAUUAUCGCCAGGACGGAUCUGAAGAAGAACAGGGACUACCCGCUGGCCUCCAAAGACUCGCGCAAACAGCUGCUGUGUGGCGCCGCCAUCGGCACCAGGGAGGACGACAAAUACAGACUGGACCUGCUGGUGCAGGCUGGAGUGGAUGUCGUUGUACUGGACUCUUCACAAGGCAACUCGGUGUAUCAAAUCAACAUGAUCAAUUUUAUUAAACAGAAACAUCCAGAAUUGCAAGUGGUGGGAGGAAAUGUGGUUACAGCAGCCCAGACCAAGAAUCUGAUCGAUGCUGGUGUCGAUGCUCUGAGGGUCGGCAUGGGCUGCGGCUCCAUUUGCAUCACUCAGGAAGUCAUGGCAUGUGGGCGGCCCCAGGGGACCUCUGUGUACAAGGUAGCCGAGUACGCCAGGCGCUUCGGUGUGCCAGUCAUCGCCGACGGCGGCAUUCAGACUGUGGGCCACGUGGUGAAGGCUCUGUCGCUCGGAGCGUCGACUGUUAUGAUGGGCUCGUUGCUAGCAGCAACCACUGAGGCUCCAGGGGAGUACUUCUUCUCAGACGGCGUGCGGCUGAAAAAGUACCGCGGUAUGGGCUCCCUGGACGCCAUGGAGAAGAGCACCAGCAGCCAGAAACGCUAUUUUAGUGAGGGCGACAAUGUGAAGGUAGCCCAGGGUGUGUCAGGCUCGGUCCAGGACAAGGGCUCCAUCCACAAGUUCGUACCUUACCUGAUAGCUGGUAUCCAGCACGGCUGCCAGGACAUCGGGGCCAAGAGUCUUUCUGUCCUCCGUUCCAUGAUGUAUUCUGGGGAGCUGAAGUUUGAAAAGAGGACCAUGUCUGCACAGAUGGAGGGAGGAGUUCAUGGACUCCACUCUUACGAGAAGCGGCUUUACUGAGCGGGGGGAUGGAGUGCAGAUCAUCGGUGCACAACCCAAUCUAACAGUGACCAAAUGUUAAACCGCCACUUCUGCUAAAAUACCGCACCACCCACUACACCCUCUCUGCCCUCUCUUCCUCCGUCAUAUCCACCGUUACUCUCUCUCUCUCUCUGAUCCCAGCCGGCUGCAUUUUGGGAGGAACGAGGCAUAGUAGCGAAGUGAGAACCUUCAAAACUGACACCCGACUCUCUCUCUCUGAACACCUGGGAUUUUUUUGCACUUAAGAAGUGGCGCAUCAGGUUUUUUUUGGGAAUGACGUACAACACCUGCAUCUUGAGUAUGCCGCCGAUCCCAAUUUAGUGAUGGUAGCGAGAGAAUGAACCUUGCGUUUUUGGUGAAUUAAGGGUAGUGUGUGUCUGACUGUGUAGUUUAAAAUGUGUCUCGGGACAAAGAAAGUGAAGGUGCACUUAGUGUUUAUUAGAGAGUCUGAAAUGGUGCAGAUUACAUCAGCAACUUAUCUGGCUUUUUUUUGGGAUCCACGUUUACCAGCACGCUCCCCGUCUGAAGCCUUUCACAUCCCAGCCCUUAAACACACCAGUACGUGCAGAAAACAAGACACUUGUCUCUCUAUGUGCAGUGUGUCCGUGUAUCUUGGCAAUCUUUUUUUUUUUUUUUUUGCAUUUAUAGGUCAUCACAGGUAUAAGCUACUUAAUGAACAGUAGCUGCUCAUAUUUCAUAUUGUUUACUUCCUGUUUUGUGGAUCCCGAGGUACGAGAUAUUGGCCGUGCCGAUUAUCCUGUCGACUUUGUAUCCUCCAGUUGUCCCCUACAAUCAAUAGAGCGAACCCCACCCACAGUUUUUAACCACUGUGGAUGUUCAUUUUCCCUUCAUCAUGACAUAUAAUCAGCAUCCCAUGUCAGUGCAUAGUGUUCAUACGUUGAGCAUGGAAGGGACCAAAAGCUGAAGAUCAGGUAUGUUUGAAAGAUGAAAAAAAAACUAAAAUGUUUCAAAUCAAUCAAAAAUAAAUUAGAAUAAUUUGAAUACUUUUAGAUAAAACAAACUUUAUAUUAAACCUGUAUAGUCUCUGGGGGGGGGCUUUGAAUUGAGCAUGAAGUGUUUUUUGAUAUGCAUGUUUGUUUUUUUCACGAAGCCAAACAUGGCUGUAUUUAUAUUCUGCUUUAUUGUAAUUGCAUACAUACUGCCAAGUGUCUUUACACUUCCUCUGACACUCUUUUCUUUUGUAAUUUCAAGAACCAAAAUUGGCGCAAGAAGUCGCUCGUUACCUUGUCACUUCAUUCCCGCAUUCUCCACAGUGUGGCCUCUGUGAUAGGUUUUAUUUUACGUCAGAUUUAUUUGUUUCUUUUUUUUACCGGAGAUAUGCCUUGAAACGGUGAUGGAUAAAAAGGUUGGAUGACAGCUCUGUAAAAGCAUAACGCCACACACCCUCUCGCCUCUUUUUUCUUACUUUGAAACCGCGCCGCCGUGUUUAUCAGUCAGCUUAUGUAGGAGUAGGCUUUUUCUAACAUUUUCAUACUGGAUGUCCUUCUGGCCAGAUGUAAUUUUUUUUUUUUUUUUGUAAUAAACUGUCCCAGAUUGUAA